UAAACAACUUUGUUGACACCUCAACCCACCAGCCACCAUUGUCUUCCCUAUUUUUAUUGCUUCCACUUUCUUCUAUAACUCUACUACUACUUGUACUAUUUAUUUUCCAUUUUCCCCUAAUACAUACAAGUGUUGACACAGCUCUACAUCCAAACCAGAUACCUAAAAGAAAAAUGGCUACAAAGUUGUGGGCUUCAAGGGCUGCUUCAUAUCUCAGGAUCUCAGCAUUUCACAGGGCUUUUGCCACUGUGCCCAAGGAUUUGAAGUACACAGAAUCUCAUGAAUGGGUUAAAGUUGACGGUAAUUCUGCAACAAUUGGCAUCACUGAUCAUGCUCAGAAACAUUUAGGUGAUGUUGUUUACGUUGAAUUUCCUGAAGUUGGGUCUUCUGUGGAACAAUUUGGCAGUUUUGGUGCUGUUGAAAGUGUCAAGGCUUCCAGUGAUAUCAAUUCUCCUGUUUCAGGGAAGGUGGUGGAAUUUAAUGAGGAACUCAACAACGGUCCUGCUCUGAUCAAUGCGAACUGCUAUGAACAAGGAUGGAUUUUGAAAGUUGAGAUGAACAAACCCGAAGAGGUCAAAGCAUUGAUGGACCCUGACCAGUAUACCAAAUUUUGUGAUGAGGAAGACGCGAAGCACUGAUUUGAAACCUCACCAAAGUUGAGCAAGAACACAAUUUCCUGCAGGAAUUUUUCACAAUGCAUAAAGAGGCUUUAUUCCUAUGCCCCGGAAGCUGGAUACUAGUAGUGCUAUUUUGUCUUCUCUGUCUUUGCAAAUAAUUCAGUGUUUUUGGAUGUUGAACUUCAUUUAGGUUAAAUUCAAGUUUUUCAUC